AUGCCAUUGUGUUUCGGGAGUAAGGAUGACGAAGAGCCAAAAGACGAAUACGACCAGAUCCCUUUCGGUCUGAAAUGGCGCAUGCAUUGGGGCAAGAAAGAGACCGAUCCUCGUACUGGCGAAGCGGUUCUACGCCUCAGCAACAAUCGAAUCAUCAAAACCCACUGUGCCAACACCGAAUACCAAGCGCUGCUGCUGAUCGACCGACACACUUCGGUUCCCUCUUACAAAGUCCUCGCGGUGUACAAUCGACCGGAGGGAAAACUGGUCGAGUACGAAGCAUAUCCAGGGAAACCUUUGGACCAAGUAUGGCCGACCAUGUCUGCACACAAACAGAAUAAAGUUGUGGCCGACCUGGGGCGCUUCGUCGAGCAACUCAGAAAGAUGCAACCACCCAAACAAUGCGUCGUGGGGGAUGCCACCUUGGGAGCUGCACUGGAUCACCGAUUUGGUUCGGGUCGCAUAGGCCCCUUCUUUUCAAUCGAGGCGUUUCAAGAGUUUGAGCGGAGAGGACACCCGGCGGACCAUUUCCCAGAGAAAGAGAUCCAGAUGGUUCACGCACCCAAGAAACCCUACCAGCUCAAAUUCACACAUGCCAGCCUUUGUCCUCAAAAUAUCCUAGUGGAUGAUGCCGGUCGCAUAUGUGCCCUGGUAGGCUGGGAGUCGGCUGGAUGGUAUCCUGAAUACUGGGAGUACACUCAGAUGUGCCAUUUGACACCGAAGACUAUGGGUGACUGGCUAGAAGCCAUGCGCAGAGUGAUGCCAGCUUAUGACCAGGAGCUGGCAUGCGAAGAGGCGCUUCGUGCCAGGUAUACCAGCUCAAUAUAUGAUGCACCGAGGAGUGUGCGGGCUCCGAGUCCUUCACCAAGCCAACUACUGGCGGAGCAACAAGAAAUCGAUGAUAAGAAUACCGAGGAUACAAGUGGCUGA